AUGUCAACAAUCAAGAUUAGUAAUAAAUUAUGUUUAGAUAAUGUAAAUAUAUUUUUUCUAAAAGAAAAGAGAGUUUUAAUUAGAGUUGAUUAUAAUGUACCAAUUAAAGAUGGUAAAGUAACCAAUUCAUUUAGAAUAGUAUCAUCAAUACCUACUAUUAGGUAUUGUAUGGAUAGAGGAGCAAAGACUAUUAUUUUAAUGAGUCAUUUGGGUAGACCCGACGGACAAGUAAACAAGAAAUAUAGUCUUGCGCCAGUUGCUAAAGUAUUGGAAUCUGAAUUAAAGAUGAAAAUUGUAUUCUUGGAUGAUUGUGUUGGACAGAUGGUUGAAGAUAGGUGUGCACAAACUAGAGGUAUAGUGUUGUUGGAAAACCUUAGAUUUCAUCCAGAAGAAGAAGGUCAAGGCAUUGAUAAAGGUUCAGGUAAAAAAUUUAAACCAUCAAAAGAAUCAAUCGAACAAUUUCGUAAAUCUUUGACUAGACUUGGAGACAUUUAUGUAAACGAUGCAUUUGGUGCAGCUCAUCGUGCACAUAGUUCAAUUGUUGGUAUUGAUCUUGGAGUACGUGUAGCUGGACUAUUAAUGAAAAAAGAAUUAAAGUAUUUUGCAGUUGCCCUAGAAUCACCAGUCAAACCAUUCUUGGCUAUACUUGGUGGUGCCAAAGUAUCAGACAAGAUCAAACUGAUACUCAAUCUAUUAGAUAAAGUUGAUAUGAUGAUUAUAGGUGGUGGAAUGGCAUUCACUUUUAAAAAGGUGAUUGAUCAAAUGAAGAUAGGUGAUUCUCUAUUUGAUGCCAAUGUCUCGGUUGAUUUAAUCAAACAAAUAGUUGAAAAGGCCAAAAAGAAUAAUGUGCGACUCUACUUGCCUGUAGAUUUUCUAAUAGCAGACAAGUUUGACAAGACUGCCAAUACAAUGGUGGUCACUGACAUGCAAGGUAUACCUGAUGGAUGGAGAGGUCUUGAUUGCGGUCCAUUGACCAUCCAAGAUAAUGCAAAGGUCAUUGCACAAGCCCAUACCAUCGUUUGGAACGGUCCACCAGGUGUCUUUGAAAUGGAGCCAUUCUCCCAUGGCACCAAAUCACUUAUACAAUCUCUUGUCCACGCUACCACAACCAACCAAACCACUGUGAUUGUAGGUGGAGGAGACUCUGUUGCAGCACUGACACCCAACGAUCAUGUUAGCCAUAUUUCAACAGGUGGUGGAGCAAGUUUAGAAUUAUUAGAAGGUCGUCAAUUACCUGGUAUCACCAUUCUAUCCAACAACAAUUCCAAUAUUAAUAUUAAUAGUAAACUUUAA